GCGCCGCUCCGUCGGUAGCCCGCUGCCGAGGCGCAGGGACGGCUGUGCAUCCGCCGCCAGGAGCGCGGCUGGGCUCGGCAGCCAGCUCACGCAGUCGCAGCCCAGAAGAGCAGCCGGGAGCAGCGGCGGGGCCGGCAGCCCACCCGCCGCAGCAGCACGGCGCGCAGGACCGGCACAUCCCUGUUCCGCCGGGGGCGGCUCUGCCAACCACCCCCAUCCCCUCCUUCACCCCCCCCUCCUUCCCUCUUUUCCUCCUCCCUCCCGCCCUGCCUUCUGCUUUCUCUCCCCGCCCCUCCAGAACGGUAUCUCUGUGAGUUUGCUUCACUGCUUGUGCCUGCUGCCGCAUCUCCCCCGCCACCAACUCUGGGGAGCCUCCGGCGGACUGCAGGGACCCGAAGUUGCGGACAGACAGGGGGAAGUACCGGCAACGCGGAAAGGGCCAGAGCCGAGCACAGGCCGGCCCAGCCGAGGCAGCGCGCCGCAGCCCCCAGGUCGGGAGCUAGCCCCGGGCCGCGCUGGUUGGGCAGAGCGACUCGGCCCCUCGGCAGCUGCCGGCCGCCCCUCGCCCCUUCCCCGCCCGUCGCCGGAGCUGCUGCGAAGCAGCACGCAAAGUGGAAGAAACCCCGAAAUGGCUCUUUUAACAAAAAAGUCUUGGCUGUCUGCCUCUUACACAUGUUUUCCUUUUGCUUCAUAAUGGAAGGAGCACGGUUAUCUGAAUCAUUAAGGCAAAAUUUGGGCAUAAUUGGCUGAAGGUAUCAUGAAAGAAGACUUGAAAACAUGUCCAUACUCUGUGACUACUAAUUCAGACACACUUUCUGCAGACAGAGGCAUAUAGUUGAUAGAAGCACAGCAGUUUCCUACAGAGAGCACAUGGAACAUCUAUGUUGAUGUUUUUAGAGGGUUUUUUUAUUAUUAUUUUUUUUCCUUCCCACUCUCUCAUGAGUCCCAAAAAGGAAGGUGGAAAGAGAGUGUGUGGAAAUUGAGCUAAGGUGAAGGCUGAAGAAAGUAACUUCAGCUUUGGAGUCUGUUUUCCAAAUGCUGUAAAUCCCCUAUUUCAUCCAAUAUAACACACUGUUCUGAAUAAAUUAUAUCAUUUUGUGAUGAGUGGAGUUUUUGUCAGCUGUAGAAGUGGGAUUCGACCUGAUUGAAAGCUCUUUAAAAAAAUAAAUGUGCGACUCCAAUUCCUUUUUUCAAGUGAAGUUUUUCAAGCUACCAAGAGAGGGUGUUUUGGUCUCUUACUGUGCAUUGUCACAACCUGUGUUUUAUAUGCGUAUUUUAGACAUUUUACUUCUUCCGUAAUUUUAGUAUUUGUGCUGUAUUGUUGUGUUUGAGGCAAGUGUGAACAGACAAAGCACCUGAGAUUUAAUUUUUUGAGAGCAUUGUUAUUUCAGUAUUGUAGCUCAGAUGACAAAUAAUCUGAGUAUCUGUUGGCAGGCACAGUACACACUAAGUCUUUUCUGCUAAAAAUAUGCCUUAAAAUGUUUGCUUUUGUAGUUAACUGGAUCAGAGUGUAAUAUCUGUACAUUGUGUUUUGUUAAGAAAUGCAUGCCUGGGGAAGAGGUACUGCUUAAUGGAUCAUGGCUCUGAUGUUCACAGGGCAUACUUUAUUUCUGGCAUUAAUGAUGUUUGCUGUCUUCACUUUUGAAGAAUCUGUAAGCAAUUACUCUGAUUGGGUGACUUUUGUAGAAAAUAUAGAUCAACAUGAAAAACAGCAACGUGAAGGUCUCAGAGCUGAGCAGAAGCCAAAAAAAGCAGUUCUUCAUCCAAGCUUGUAUUUUGAUGCUGAAGAUGUUCAGGCACUGAGGCAGAAGGCUCAUACAAGCCAUUCACAUCUGUUUAGAGCCAUCAGAAGUGCAGUGAUAGCUAUGCUGUCUAACCCAUUAUACUACUUACCUCCACCCAAGCACGCUGAUUUUGCUGCAAAGUGGAAUGAGAUUUAUGGUAACAAUCUGCCACCUCUAGCAUUUUAUUGUUUGCUGUGCCCUGAAGAUAAAGCUGCAUUUGAUUUUGCCCUAGAAUAUAUGGAUAGAAUGGCUGGCUACAAAAACUGGUUGGUUGAGAAUGCACCUGGAGAUGAAGUGCCACUUGGUCACUCCCUAACAGGAUUUGCUACUGCUUUUGACUUCUUGUAUAAUUCACUGGAAAAUGAGAGAAGGCAAAAAUACCUGGAGAAGAUAUGGUCCAUAAGCAAGGAAAUGUAUGAGUACUCCAAGGUUCGUUCCUGGGGAAAGCAGCUUCUCCAUAACCACCAAGCAACCAAUAUGCUUGCUUUGCUUAUUGGGGCUUUAGUUGCAGGUGUGGACAAAGGAUCUCAGGCAAAUAUUUGGAAACAUGCUGUUGUUGAUGUGAUGGAGAAAACAAUGUUUCUGCUCAAUCAUGUUGUAGAUGGGUCUCUGGAUGAGGGCGUAGCUUAUGGGAGCUACACAGCCAAGUCUGUAACCCAGUAUGUUUUCCUGGCUCAGCGACACCUUGGUAUUAACAACUUGGAGAAUAACUGGCUCAAGAUGCACUUUUGGUUUUACUAUGCUACCCUAUUACCGGGCUUUCAGAGGACUGUGGGUAUCGCUGAUUCUAAUUACAACUGGUUUUAUGGUCCUGAGAGCCAGUUGGUUUUCCUGGAUAAGUUUGUCUUGAAGAAUGGAGCUGGCAACUGGCUGGCACAGCAGAUUAGAAAACACAGACCCAAGGAUGGGCCGAUGGUUCCAUCCACUGCACAGAGGUGGAGCACUCUACACACUGAAUUUAUAUGGUAUGCUGCUGAAAUCACUCCUCAGCCACCUCCUGGCUAUGGUAGUGCUAAAAUGCAUGUGUUUCCUAACUGGGGAGUUGUUACUUAUGGGGCUGGGUUGCCAAACAGUCAGGCAAACACCUUUGUGUCCUUUAAGUCUGGAAAGCUGGGUGGACGUGCUGUCUAUGACAUUGUUCACUUUCAACCGUAUAUGUGGAUUGAUGGGUGGAGAAGUUUCAAUCCAGGACAUGAACAUCCUGAUCAGAACUCUUUCACUUUUGCUCCCAAUGGACAGGUGUUUGUAUCUGAGGCUCUUUACGGACCUAAACUCAGCCACUUGAACAAUGUCUUGGUCUUUGCACCAUCUCCUACAAGCCAGUGCAACCAGCCUUGGGAAGGACAGCUUGGUGAGUGUGCCCAGUGGCUGAAGUGGAUUGGUGAUGAGGUUGGAGACUCAACUGGAGAAAUCAUAACAGCCUCUCAGGCUGGAGACAUGAUGUUUGUGAGUGGUGAGGCAGUAUCUGCUUACACAUCAGCAAUGAAAUUGAAAAGUGUGUAUCGUGUUUUGCUGCUCUUGAAUUCUCAGACAUUGUUAGUAGUAGACAAUAUCGAGAAGGAGGAAGACUCUCCUGUUAAUUCUGUCAGUGCCUUUUUUCAUAAUCUGGACAUAGAUUUUAAAUACAUACCCUACAAAUUUAAGAACAAAUACAAUGGAGCUAUGAUGGAUGUGUGGGAUGCCCACUACAAGAUGUUUUGGUUUGAUCAUCAUGGGAGUAGUCCUGUUGCUAGGAUACAGGAGGCAGAACAAGCUGCUGAAUUCAAAAAGCGAUGGACUCAGUUUGUAAAUGUUACCUUUCCAAUGAAAAACACACUUACAAGGAUUAUUUACCUUUUCUAUGGCCCUUAUGUCAAUGUUUCUAACUGUAGACUCAUAGAUAAUGCAAAACCUGGAUUUCAGAUUUCACUCAGUGUCAACAAUACUGAAAAUACUAUAUCUGUUGUGACUGAAUAUCAGAAUUUAAAGAGAAGGUUCGAUUACUUGGGAUUUGGUGGUUUUGCCAAAGUAGUUCGUGAAAACAAAGUGACCAAGUUUGGUCUAGGUACUGAAUCUUUGAAAAAACAGAUAAAAAAUAAUAGGUCAGUUUUCCCAUUUGGAUUCAAAGUGAACAUAGUUGCAGGGUUAAUUUUGGGUGUUAGUUUGGUCAUACUGGCUUUUCAGUGGCGGUUUUACAUAUCCUUUGGUAAAAUGUUGCGUUGGAUCCUGAUACUGGUUGUCACACUAUGGCUUAUUGAAUUGGUGGAUGUGUGGAGCAUGUGUACUCAGCCCAUCUGUGCAAAAUGGACUAGUGGCAUAACAAAGCUAGAACAUGAUGAAGGCAAUAAAGCCAAGCAAUUAGAAGGAAACCCUGUUGUUUUGCCAGAUGUUAUCAUUACUUCACUUCCUGCUUCUGGUGCAGAAAUUUUAAAACAGCUGUUUUUCAAUAGCAGUGACUUCUUAUACAUCAGGAUACCUACACCUUAUCUCGAAAUCCCUGAGACUGAAUUUGAAAUUGAUUCCUUUGUAGAUCCAUGUGAAUGGAAGGUUUCUGAUGUCCAAAAUGGUCAUUUUCGUCUGAUCCAAGGGUGGCUCCAGUCUUUAGUUCGAGGCACAAAGUUACAUUUACAAAACAUUCAUUUAUACGAAGCCAGCAGAAGUAAAGUUGCCCACCAUUUUGCCAUAAACAAAGACAAAAAGAAAAGAUCAAAAAAGAGAGAAUCUCUGUCAGAGCAGAGAAGCAGGGCAAGAGGGAGUCAAGAUAAAGAUGCUGAAUAUAUCAGGGAACUGAGAAGGCAUCUCUCCUAUUAUCCUGAUGCACGACCUGUGCUUAGUUUAAGUAGUGGAAGCUGGACCUUAAAGCUUCCCUUCUUUCAGGAAAUCCUAGGACCGUCAAUGAGAGCAUUGUAUAUUGUGAGGGACCCACGGGCGUGGAUCUAUUCAAUGUUGUACAAAAAUAAGCCAAACCUUUACUCUUUGAAAAAUGUUCCACAACACUUGGCUGCAAUAUUUAAAGGGGAGAAUGGUAAAGAAAAGUGUAGUUUAAAUGAAGGCUAUGCCUUUGAAUAUGAAUCGUUAAGAAAAGAACUUUCAAAUUCUAAUUCAAAUGCAGUGUCUGUGUUGUCUUAUUUAUGGUUAGCAAACACAGAAGCAGCACUGAGAAUAAAUAGGGUCUUGCUGCCAACAAAUUAUCAGCUAGUCAAGUUUGAAGAUAUUGUGAGCUUUCCUCAGAAGACGGCUGAAACAAUUUUUACCUUUCUUGGUAUUCCUCUUCCUCCUGCUAGGUUAAACCAAAUAUUAUUUGCCACCUCCACCAAUCUUUUCUAUCUUCCUUAUGAAGGGGAAAUUUCAUCAAGUAGCAUUAAUUCCUGGAAACAAAACAUGCCCAAUGAAGAGAUUAGACGGAUUGAAGAUAUCUGUUAUUCUCUAAUGGAUCACUUAGGAUACCCAAAGUUUAUAGAAUAAAUGCUGCCGGUCAGCAGAAAUUUGCACUAAUGAUCUCUGACUCCUAAUUUGUGGAUAAAUAUUAGAAAAGUUUGUUUAUUCUUGUAAAAUGUGUACAGUCUGCUAAUUUCAGAGAGAUUAUUUUAAGAAAACGAUAGUUGUUCUUGCAGUUGUGGGGUUUUUUUUUGGUUUAUUUUGGUUGGGGCGGGGGGGGGAAUACAACAAAAACUUGUGAGUACUUCUGCUGCCUUUCAAAAAAAGCUGUGUGAACAUUUGUAGAACUACCAGCUGGGAACUCUAUAGCUCAGGGGAUUAGUAAUAGAAUAUGGAACUUUUCACCUCCAGCUCACCAGUUAGACCAGGUAGUUAGUUCCUGAAAGUACUUACCAUCUAAUUAUUGUAUGACGGCUUAUAUGAAAUUAAACUGGCUAACCUGGCCCAGUUCCCAAAGGUGAUAAUUAGCCCCCCCGGACAGGUUUGCUAAUGAAUUGUGUCUCACUGGUCCCUAUAGUGGUGCAAAAUAAACAUAAGUUGAGAUUUAAGGCUGUUUAGCAUCCCUUCAGCAGGAAGAAACAAUCAGAACAUUUGAAUGAAUCUAGUUUCUUAUUUACAGUCUCAGCAGAUAGGCCCAGAACUGGAAUGGACAUGGAUAUUAAGUAUCAUUAUGGGAUACAGUUCUUUCAGCUCAGAGAUGUGGCACUUACACUGGGGUUUGUGCUUUGAUGAAAGAGAAGACUUCAUUGUCCAUGCCUGACAAUGGAGUAUGCUUUGUGAGCUUGAAGUAAAUUAUCUGCAGAAAAAGAAAUAGGACAAAAGCUAAGAAACCAAGUGGAUGUCCCAAAUGAGCAAUUCAGUUUUGAGAAGAUUUUAUGUAGUUUUGACCCACCUCAACCUAACUUGAUUUUGAAGAUUGCUAACAUAUUGGCUCCUUGCACUGCUUUAUCCUCUGCCGCUUGUGUAAGAGGUUCUGCAAGGAUUUUCUCUUUUUCAGUGAGACUCUUCCAUCCUGCUUAGUUGUAACACAUUUCUGCUGAUUCUUGUGCGUAAUUUCUCUGCGACCAGUGCAAAUAUUUGAUGUCAUUGUCAAUGGCUUAUUGUUGAUGUCUGCAUAAAAUGCCAAUCUGAGAUUUAGAAGAUCUUAAAUAAAUUCCAGGUCUGUAUUGCUGAGGGAUGUUUUGCUUUUCUGUAAAAUGAAUUUCUGAAGGACAACCAUUGCUAACUUCAGGUCUUCUUUUAGAGAAGGCAGAAAUCUGAAAAUCACGUAUUCCUCAAUCACCUCACAUUUGAGUUUCCUUACAGUAAACUAUUUCCAAAGUUGUCUGAUUUUUAUUGGUGUUUUUUUAACAUGGAACUGUGGUAUGAUAUUGGUUUGGAAUCAGAUAGGCUUGAAAUGAUGUUUGUGUUUUUGUCACAGCUUAUUUUCUUCUUGAGUCACAAUAUUUGUUUGCACAUACCCAUUAAGAAAAGUUUUCCCAUUUCCCAAUAUAACUUGCUCAGAAUUCUGUGGAAAUGCGUGCAUAUUGUAUAUGUCUGCAGAUGUAUAAAUCAGGUCAAAAAAAAGACAUCUGUUUCCUUUACCAUCUGCUUUUUAUUUACAAAAAGAAUUGUCUUGAUAUAUGCAUCAGUUGGUUUGUGGGAGCUGAGAUCAGAGCUGGUUUAUUAUAUUGAAAUAUAUGUGUAAUUACUCUUUAUUUGGGUGGUAAGCAUCAGACAAUGUCAAAAGUGCAGUGAGUUUCUUCAUACAGAUUACAGGUACCCUCCCUGAUUUUUAAUAUAAAGGAGUUCUUGCUUUUUUUCCAAUUUUACUAUUAUGUCCCUGUCUUACCCCAUUGUCUUGUCCCUCCCAUACAUACAUUUCACAUCCUUUGGAGCAUGUUGUAAUAUGUAAUUAUGACCUAGAAGUAGCUCUAUCAUGGUCAGUCACUGGAAUGUCAAAAAAAGCCCCUAACAUGAUAAAGCUAUUUAUUGGUCUUACUAAAUAUAUUUUUUGGUUUUACUAACCAUAACUUAGCUGUCAUUUACUAGCAGUGGUUGAUUUUUCCCCCUUCAGUCCAAGGUUUUUCCCCUGGCUAGGUGUAAUGCCAUGUUGAAGAAAUAUUAAACAAUAUACACCAACAUGUUAGUGAGACUUUGGUUUUCAAGUAUCAUUCUCUCAAACUGACUUCUCUCAGAAGACAGUUUUGAUCAUAUACUAAAAAGAAAA